GACCGACACGUGCGGCGCAGAAUUUACUUGGUAAUGCUCAUAAUCGUCUACGUGCGGCUUUGGCUCAUGUUCAUGUACCCCGUGGGAGUCCACUGCUCUCGUGCGAAGCGGGCGCUCACUUGUGGCGGUUUGCGCCACAGUCACGAGGACCUCAUACCAGAGUGUCGAAAUUUCGGAUUUUUCCUCCUGAACAAGGACAUGGGGCUCGUCAUGGUCUCGCCAGUGGUGAUCCCGGAAUGUGCCAAGAUGCGGCCGGUUCUCUGGAGCAUAACAGGCGUGUUCUACCUGGUGGCGAUGCUGGCUGUACACCAGCUAGUGAAAACUCCAGAGCAACGAUACCAUGCCUACUUCGACUCGUUGAUUGGCCUAAUCUUCUUGUUCUUGGUGAACGAGGCUGCUCGCCAGAGGAAAUGGUACAUGGAGCGAGCGGAUCAAGUUAGCUUCGUUCUGGCCCUCCGACAGAGGAAAGCCAGCCACAGCAUGUUCCAGAUCUUGGCCUACAUGCUACCGUCUUUCAUGGUUACGGAGAUGCUUCGAAGCCCUGAGAAGACCCUCUCCGACCACAUCCCCCGUGCGAGCAUCCUCUUCAUCAA